AUGUUCGCGGAAACCGGCGGCCACGCGCCACCCACGUCGUUUGACGCGGAGACUGGCAGCAUGGCACGCCUCGAGCACUUCCUGGACGCCGUUCUUCGCCAGUCACUCGAGAAGGUGCUUCGGGAGCGCGACACGGUCUACACGAUGGUCUCCGACUGCUGCCAGCUGCGGAAGCUCUUUGAGGAGAUGCGGGCACUCUCGUCAACCCACUCCUUCAUUUCAGAGGGUGAAGCGUCUUCCCCCUCAGUGGCAGCCGCAGCCGCAGCCGCAGCCGCAGCAGAAUGUGGGGAGGAGGGAAAGCCCCAGCGCAAUCAGAUCAUGGUUGACAUUGGCAAUCACUUCUUCGUGCAGUGCUCCGUGAGGGAUGCGUCGCAGGUAUGGGUGAAUCUCGGGUGCGGCGUGGUACUGUCCAUGUCAACAGCAGAGGCGGAUGCAUUUAUGCAGAAGAAGGAGAGGCUCCUGCGGGAGCGAGCGGCACGGCUGAGCAAGGAGGCCCUACGCAUCAAGUACCGCAUUCGUCUUGUGAUGGAGGCCAUCGCCCGCCUCUACGACCGGGCCACUGGGCAGCGUGCGUGA